AUGACACUGUGGGAUGGCUCCUACCCCUUCUACCCUGGACCCAAUGCCUGCUUCCCAUUUGACACUACCCGGGCUGUUAUUGUCACCAUAUUCCUCUCCAUCUUGGUCACGUUCAUCAUCAUCCUGCCAGGGAUCCCGGGCAGGGGGAGACUCUUCUGGUUCCUCCGGUGGGUGUUGGGACUUUUCAUGGGAGCAGUGAUCCUCACUGUACAAUUCACCAGAGACUGGGAGACUGGCUGGGUGCAGGCAAACACCUCCUACAAGUCCUUCAGCCAUGUGCAGGUGAACGUGGACAUUGGGCUGCACAUCGGCCUGGCAGGGGUGAACGUCACGCUCAGGGGAAACCCAGUGAACCAGAUCAACGAGACCAUCAACUACAACGAGCACUUUCCCUGGAACUUUGGAGCAGAUUACGACCACAGCUACAGCCAGGGGCUGGAGAAGGGGCUGCCCAGCCCCAUCCUCUACGUGGCAGAGAAGUUCAGCACGCAGAGCCCGUGCGCUGUGCACAGGCAGUACCGCAUCGCCGGCCACUACAUGGCACUCACCCUGUGGCUGGCCUUUUGCACAUGGCUCUUUUCCAUCCUGCUCUUCUCCAUGUCCAUCCUGCUCUAUGGUGGCCACAUGCUUCUGCUCACUGCCAGUCUGAUCCUCUUCUCACUGCUCUUCUUCUCCACCGUGAGAAGCAGCCUGGAGUGCCCCAUCCAGUUCGGCUCAGUUUCCAUGAAAACAGACUAUGGUGAAUCCUUUUGGAUGACAUUAGUGACAGGGCUGCUGUGCCUGCUCCUGGGGCUGGCCAUCAUCAUCCUCAACUUUGUGCAGCCAGAGAAGCUGAAGCUCAUCUUUAGCCUGGACAAGAGCAGCAAAGAGGAGGCGUGGGACAAGUCCUGCCUGCCAGCUGAGCCCAGCUGCUCUGCACAGGAUGGGUUUAUGGUCCCCCUCGGCGAGCUCUGCCAGGUGACAGCCACCCAGCUCUGA